AUGGAUCCCGAACACCGCAACGAGCGGCAGCAGAAGCGCCGAAAGAUCUCCCUGGCGUGCGAGCCAUGCCGGGAGAGAAAGUCUCGUUGCGACGGAGCCAAGCCGAUCUGCUCCACCUGCCAGCGGCGGUCGCUGCCGCUGCAUCAGUGUAUCUACACGGUUGAGAAUGCCAGGACAGCGAGCAAUGAGGCGUACAUCCGGGUUCUGCACGAACGCAUCCAACGGCUUGAGCGGGCGUGUUCCGAGAAUGGGAUCCCCACUCCCCCACUUGAUCCGAGCGAGGAGCCGGCUCCGGACCCGGGGGCCGGGCCGGGGAGGAGAUCCGUCUCGGUCCAACCCGGGCCGGGUAACGGGCUUCUUACUCCUGCGAUCAAAGACCACGUCCAAUGCACCACUGCUACUCCCCUGCCUGUCCCGCAUCGCCAGAUCCUCGACCCACGUUCUCCCGACUGUGAAGGGCUGGACUCCCUAGAGAACGCCACGAAAAUAACAGCAAUGGGAACGGUAAGCGCCGAACACGACGUCAACCAAGCCUUUGAGGAGACGCAAGACGAGUUCUACGGCAGCUCGAGCGCGGCCAGUUUCAUGAAGGAGGCUUACGGGAGUGUCAAGCCUCAUCAUCACCGGGUGUCCCCGUCGUUGCCGGGAGCCGGAUCGGUGGUCACAACAACGGCAGCGGGCAACCUCCGACAAACCUUUGCGGCGCCAAAAGCGGAUUUUGGGCCCCUGAAUUUCCUGCAGCCGGAUCGGUUCGCCUUGCCGCCGAGGAAUGUGGCUGAUUACCUCGUCGGGAGGUUCUUCGACCGGGUUUAUUGGCUGUAUCCCUUCUUUCACAAGCCAACCUUUAUGUACGCCUACCGCCAGCUCUGGCAGCCGGUUACGGGGAAGGAAAAAGGGGUGCCGGAGCCUGGGUUGGGGUUGGGGAGUGAACCUGGGGCUGGGGCCGGGAGUAUCGUUUUUCAUUCUGCGCUCAAUACUAUCUUUGCGAUAGGGUGUCAGUUUAGUGAUUUGUCGGCCAAGGACAGGGUCAGCGCGAUAGAGACUUUUUUGGAGAGGGCGAAGAAGUUUGUGGGGCUGGAUUUGAUUGAUAUGCAUAAUGUGGGUGUGGUGCAGAGUUUGUUGCUUAUGACGCUGCUGCUGCAGAGUACCCCUUUUCCGAGCAGGUGCUGGAAUUCGCUGGGGGUCGCGGGGAGGGUGGCGCAGGGGUUGGGGUUGCAUACGGAGGCGGGGAGGAGGGGGAGGUCGGAGUUGGAGAGGGAGGUGAGGAGGAGGACGUGGCAUGGGUGUGUUAUUUUGGAUAUUAUCGUGAGCAUGACGUUUGGGAGGCCGACGAUGACGGAUGUGAAUGAUCUGCCGCUGCCGUCAAGGUUGGAGCUGGUGGAUGAUGAGUGGCCUGGUACACUUGCUCAGGUUGACGAUGAAGUGACCACGACAUCGAGGAUGAACUUCUUUCUUGACCACAUUCGGCAAUGUCAUAUUCUGGGUGAGAUAUUGUCGAGUAUCUACCUGUCACCCAAAGGCCGAGGAGCACCAAGUUCUUCGUCAGGGACCACCGGUGAUGAGUCUCCGCUGUAUGGGUUGGAUGCCAUUCUGGAGCUGGAUGCCAAGUUGUCGAGACAUGAGGCCGCAGUUUGCCCCGCCAUGUCUUGGACAGCACCCAGUGAUAUUAGCGGGAUGGCAGAAGUUAAGAAGAAGAUUAUUGUCACGCAGAGAAAUGUGCUUCAUGCCAGCUUUCUUUAUGUACGGCUGAUGCUUCAUCGACCGAUUCUCACCCAACUUUGCUCAAAUUCAGAUUCUGGAACAACAGAGCCAACCUCACCGGUGAAGCAAGGACCCUUUGGUGGAAAUAGAAUGCUGUAUGUUUCCUUUGCAGCAGAAUGUGCAAAGAUUUGCUUGGGAUCAGCCAUGGACUUGGUCGAGUUGGUUUCCAGGACUUAUCAGACAGACACAACUGGAGGUUGGUGGUGGGAUGGAUUGUAUGCAUUCACUGGUGGCCUUGCAGUUAUUGUCGCUUAUCUAUGUCCAUCCCUCCUUGAUUCUAUGGAUCAACGCCGCCUGGAAAGAUCAUGGGUUCUUUGCCAGGAAAUCCUGGCACACUUUGCUUCGUUCAGUAUCUCUGCUCACAGGUCUCUGAAACUGCUGCAAAAGGUGCAUGGUGAUGUCAUGGCACGCGUUGCUGAGCAAGCCGGUGACACCGACAGGCCAGUCCUUCCAACCCCGAUUGCCACUGCCGCCACCCCAGCUGGCCAGGGUAUCGUGUUGCCCAGGGAGGAUGGCUUCAACUCAGCCCAAGCACAUCAUACUUCUCUGGAUUUUGGAAACGGUCUCCAAUGGGAAGUUCCCAGUAAUGCGGACCUGAGCAUGCUGAACGUGACCUCGCUCUUCAAUUGGGACCAGCCUUUAGACUUCUUUACAGGUGGGUUAGGGACAGAUAACUUUCAGUUGUAGAUGUUCGUGGAACUGUGUUCACACAAACAAUAAAUAGUAAACAUUACAACCUCCUAUGGCAACA